GCCAAUUGCAAAUGGUCAGACAGUAGAGGGUAUGCUUUGAGCCAAACAAUAAUGCUUCAUGUAGACUUGGAAUGGAAAGCUUCAUUAGUCAGUCUUUUCUGUUUCAUGAUAUAAAUUCUGUUCUUUUCACUCAUCCUUUUUGCGCUUUUGCUUUUAUAAAUUCUACUUCCUACCAGCUUCAAAUCAACUCCUCAAAUGAACAACCCUUCUCUAACUUCACCAACAUUCUAAAACUCAAAAAUCCAUCGAUUACUACACUUUUAUCCAUUUUGGUUGGAAAAAGUGAGUCGACAACAUUUUCUUUGAUGAUUAAUCACACUUCCAACAGAAAAUCUUUCAUUGAAUCUUCCGUAAAAACAGCCAGGCUUUAUGGCUUUCAUGGCCUGGACCUUUUUGGGGUUGUGCCUAGGAAUAUUACCAACAUGACCAGUUUGGGAAAUUUUUUGGAUGAGUGGCGAGCUGAGGUAGCUUCUGAGUCAAGAAACUCUGGUAAGACACAGUUGCUGUUAACUAUGUUGGCUCAAAGCAUGCCAAUUGUCAACUCAGUGAGUUAUCCUAUUGAUUCUACAAAGAAAAACCUGGAUUGGGUAAAUAUUAUAGCAUAUGACUACUAUGUGCCAACAGUUGACAGCUUUACUGGUGUUCAUGCCGCUUUAUAUGGUCCGUUGAGCAGGACUAACACUGAUGAUGGUAUAAAGGAAUGGUUACACCGAGCAUUUUCUGCUGACAAGCUAGUUUUAGGUUUGCCUUACCAUGGCUUUGCAUGGACACUUGUUAAAUCUGGUGACAAUGACAUUGGUUCACCAGCUUCAGGGCCGGCUGUCACAAUUGAUGGUUCAAUGGGCUUUAAGUCAAUCAAAUCAUUCAUUCAAAAUUACGGUUAUGGCGUUGAAUCUGUGUAUAAUUCUACUUAUGUGGUCAAUUUUUGCAAAAUUGGAUCGAUUUGGAUCAAUUUUGAUGAUGUGGAAGCCAUUAAAGCUAAGGUUUCUUAUGCCAAGGCGAAGGGGCUACUCGGUUACAAUGCCUUUCAACUAUCCAAUGACGAUAAUUGGGUGCUUUCUAAAGCUGGUAAGAUGGUUAUCUCCCUUUAAUUUUGUGGGUUCUCUAGUCUUUUCUGUUUCAUAUUUAAACCCUUUUUGAAAACAGGACUUGUAAUAGUCAA